CCCUCCCUGCCCUGGCACAGGGCAUCACAGUGCCUGUGCUCUCUCCGCUCACCAACAGCAGUCACAGCCUCAGAGACAGAAAUACACUUUGACUUUUAGACAGAAAAAGAAAAUCCUCAAAGAAAGGCACUCCUCAGGUCUGAUAGUGACCGCGAAACUAUCGCUAAAAGUGGGACAUUUUCGGGAUCGCCCCCCGACACCACCGUGUUUUUGGGCGGUGUUUAUUGUGAUCUUUCUCUGACAGUGGUCAAACAUACUUUCUUGAAGCUUUUCCCGUGUCCGGGAGUUGGUGUUUCCAUCCGCUUUUGUAUCGGUUUCCUGGAGUCGGACCGCGGGAUCCGCUUCACUGUGACCGUAACAUGAGGACUUGAUGGGAAAACGCCUGAAGUGGUGGAGCGGUCAGUGCGCCUCAAGCGAUAAGGUCAAUGUGGGAAGGCAACUUGCAGAAGAUGGGUUUCCUGAGUCUCCUUGUCGUUGCAAUGUUGUUCGAACUAUCGAGCACUGCCAAGGGUCCUCCCAAGAUCUCCAGGCGGGUGGUCAGCAGACAGUCCGUGAAGCUCGGGCGGACGAUCAGGCUGCCAUGUCCAGUCGAAGGUGACCCUCCGCCUCUGACCAUGUGGAUCAAAGAUGGACGCACCAUUCACAGCGGUUGGACCAGGUUCCGAGUCCUUCAGCACGGUCUCAAGAUCAAGGAGGUGGAGGCAGAGGACUCGGGGGUCUAUGUUUGCAGGGCAACUAACGGGUUCGGCAGCAUCCAUCUUAACUACACUCUCAUCAUCAUCAGUAAGUGGCCAGCCCAUAGCAAGACCGACAGACCUUUUCAAUUCUCCUCCAGCCAAUCUCUUCUAUAAUAAUAAUCCUUGCAUUUGAUAUCGA